AGUUUCGUUUCCUGGGCUGCCUCGGGGAGAUCGGAGAUCGUGCAGCAGUCCCCGUCCCUGCACGACUCGUCCGGUCCCCCGAGGAGCGCCAUGGCGGACCUGUCCCUGGCCGAAGAGCUGACGUGCUCCAUCUGCCUGGAGCUCUUCAAGGUGCCGGUCACCACCCCGUGCGGCCACAACUUCUGCGGGUCGUGCCUGGACGAGACGUGGACCGUCCAGGGCGCGCCGUUCCAGUGUCCGCAAUGCCGUACCGCGUACCCGGCGCGGCCGCAGCUCCGCAAGAACACGGUGCUGUGCACGGUGGUGGAGCAGUUCGCGCAGGCCGAGCUGGCCCGCGCCACGGCGCCCGACGACUGGACGCCGCCCUCCCGCGCCGCGGCCCCCAGCCCCACCGGCCAGGUGGCCUGCGACCACUGCCUGAAGGCGGCCGCCGUCAAGACGUGCCUCGUGUGCAUGGCCUCCUUCUGCCAGGAGCACCUGCGGCCGCACUUCGACAGCCCGGCCUUCCGGGACCACCCGCUGCAGCCGCCCGUCCAGGACCUGUUUCGCCGCAAGUGCCCCCAGCACAACCGGCUCCGCGACUUAUUCUGCCCCGAGCACAGCGAGUGCAUCUGCCAUAUCUGCCUGGUGGAGCACAAGACCUGCUCGCCUGUGCCCCUGAGCCAGGCCAGCGCAGACCUGGAGGACAAGCUGAAGUAUAAACUGACAGUCAUGUACGGUCAGAUCAACGGUGCCGCGAGAGCGCUGGAGGAUGUGAGAGCCAGGCAGAAGGAUGUGCGGGAGGCUGCUCAAAAGAAGAUAGAACAGCUGAGACAAGACUACUUGGAAAUGAAGGCGCUCAUUGACGCCUCCGAGGCCAGCUCCACGCGGAAGAUAAAGGAGGAGGAGAAGAGGGUCAGCAGCAAGUUCGACAACAUUUACCAGAUCCUCCUCAAGAAGAAGGCAGAGAUGCAGACCGUAAAGGAGGAGAUUGAGGCCGCCCUGACCAAGGGGGACGAGUUUGAGUUUCUGGAGAAAGCGGCACAACUGCAGGCGGUCUCAACGAAGCCAGUCUACGUCCCCAAGGUGGAGCUGAAUCACGAGCUGAUAAAGGGCGUCUACCAGAGCACCUUGGACCUCAAAACCGAGCUGAAGCGCUGCCUCAAGAAACCCGAGGAGCUCCCCACCUCAGGGGAGCCUCCAGAGCAUGCCACGGCGCCCACGCCAAAACCCACGCGCCCUGUGAAGAAGGUCCCAAAAGAAGAAAAGAAACCCAAGAAAGUUCCCGCUGCUGCUGCCUCACCCAACAAGCUUCCCACCUUUGGGUCCUCGGAGCAGCUAGGAGAUUUAAAACAAGGUGGCUUUGAGGCUGCAGCCAAACCCACCCCCGUGCAGCCAAACUCGGUGUCUCUCAAGGCCAAGGUGCUGGAGAACUUCUUAGCAAAGUCCAGACCUGAGCUCCUGGCGUAUGCUGUUAAGGUCAUCCUGGACUACAACACUGCCUACAGCAAGGUGGCUCUCUCGGAGAACUACACUGUGGCCUCUGUGGCCGAAACACACCAGACCUACCGGCCACAUCCCCAGCGGUUCACAUACUGUUCUCAGGUGCUGGGCUUGCACUGCUACAAGAAAGGGAUCCACUACUGGGAGGUGGAGCUGCAGAAGAACAACUUCUGCGGGAUGGGCAUCUGCUACGGCAGCAUGGCGCGGCAGGGCCCCGAGAGCCGGCUCGGCCGCAACAGCGCCUCCUGGUGCGUGGAGUGGUUCAACACCAAGAUCUCCGCCUGGCACAACAAUGUGGAGAAAGUCCUGCCCACCACCAAGGCCACGCGGGUUGGCGUGCUUCUCAACUGCGACCACGGCUUCGUCAUUUUCUUUGCUGUUGCUCUUGACAAGAUCCACGUGAUGUAUAAGUACAAGGAGGACUUUACUGAAGCUCUGUACCCGGCCUUCUGGGUGUUCUCUGCAGGUGCCACGCUCUCCAUCUGCUCUGCCUAGUAGCCAGGCCCUGGACACUGGCCGACUGCCCGGGCAGCGCCCAGGACUCUAGUGAAAAGGUGCAGGGGGCUCUUGUUGGAGAUCUUCCCUGACAGUCCCAGGGGUUGCCAGGAUGGGAGGGGAGUUGAUGGAAGGUAAGAGGGUGGGGAGAUGGGAUAAGGGAGGAAUUUGGCCAGGGGAGGGCGUGGGGGUGAUUGUGUUGUGGGCAAGGAAGCGUUUCUACGUCCUGUUGCCCCUCAAGGCAGGAUCGCCCCCGCUCCUCCCCUGGUUCUGGUAGAUUCCCAGGCUGCUGGGUGGCUGGACAGGGCUUUGGGGAGAAAGUCAUCAGUGCCCCUUUCCUCUUGGAGAACAUCUCGGGCCACUGCAGUCCUUUCUCGGACCCCUUGGUGGAUGCCCUCAUGUUGUCUUCCCAUCUCCGUGUCUCGAUUACUCUUCAGGGCUAUUCAACUCUAUAGAGCAGCGACUUUCAACCUUUUUCAUCUCAUGGCACAUAAGCUAAUUACUAAAACUGUGGCACACCAACAAAUAUAUUUUUUGCCAAUCUGACAAAAAAAGAAAGAUAUGAUUUUGACUCAUUCACACCGAACAGUUAUUGUUGUGUUGGCUGUUGUCAUCUUCUAAUUUGACAAUCUAAGGGAAAAGAGGUCCGUGCCGCUGACUAAAUAGUCAGGUGUUGCCAUGUUUUAAAAAUUCUUGUGGCUCACCAGUGUGCUGCAGCACACCUGUUGAAAAUCGCUGCAGUAGAUUGAAAAAAAAAAAAAAUUCCAAGUCUUUGAAUUGCGAUAUUAUUCACCCUCCCUUCCCGCCAGUACCCACAUGUGAGGACUGGGGGUGAAUGCUCAGGUUCCUGUUUAUUUUUUGUGCUUGAGGGCAGGUCUCCACCCAGACCAGAGUUUCCUCCAAAAGUGGGUCCUCUUCCUCCCCUGGAAAACAGCCUCACCUCCCUUCCUGUCCUCUUCGCCCCAUUGGGAAUUUUUAAAUGUUUACUCCAACAGGAACCUUUUCUGUCUCCGGCCAUGAUCUGAAUCAGCCAAUGUUGUAUUUCUUCUUCUUUUAUAAAUCCUCACCCAAAGACAUGCUUUGAGAGAGGAAACAAAAGAGGGGGAGAGAGAGAGAAGUACAGACAGGCACAUCGAUGUUAGAGAGAAACAUCUGUUGGUUGCCUUCCAUAUGUGACCCAUCCUGGGAACGAACCCACAACCCAGGUUAUGUGCCCUGACUGGGAAUUGAACUGGCAACCUGUUGGUGCACAGAACCACACUCAACCAACUGAGCCACUCCGGCUGGGCGUAAGUUAUAGAAUUUCUAAUUCAAGGUCAAGGUGACCCAGGUCCCGUGUGAAUGGAAACCUCUCCCAGUCCCAAGUAUUACGGAAGGCAUCUCAUGGCUGUAGCCACAGAACCUCGCUGGAGGCCUUCUCCCCACAGCCUAGGCUUUGGGGCAGGGAAUCCUGACCUGGCUGCCAGAAGUGUGUGGCUUUGGUCUUGUGAGAGGAUCUUGCCUUCUUAUCGGUACCUCUCCUCAGGGUAGCUGCCUCUCCCCAGGAUUGUGGGAUACAGAGCUGGCAUAGCUGAGCAGCUAGCGAAGCCCCAUCUCUGAAACCUGUUAUAGGAGAGGUUGUAUGUAGCUGCCUCAGGGACCAUACUAGCUCAUCUGGGUGACUACCUACAGCUGGGAUGAUCUUCUAGCAGAUCCCGUGGGGAACAGCACCUUCCUGGUCAUCCCGGCCACAGGCUGCUGAGGCCUGUCACUGGCCCUCGCCCCUUUCGCUGUCUUCUUCCUUUGAGCCAAUUCUAGAUGUGGGCAUGGACCAGGCUAGAGCUCAGGAAGACCAUAAGGAUCGGCGAGGGAACGAGCUACAGGAUUCUAGCACAAGGGGCUGUUUUCCUGCAGUGUUUCCGUGCAGAGAAAAUAACCCCAGUCCAUGAAGGGGCGGGAGUGAAUGGAGGGCUGGAAUUUCCCGAGCUCUCUAUAUCCUCAUGUCAGGAUGUGAGUGGAAGGAAUUUCACCUCUCGUGGUGGAAUGAGUCCUGCUCUGGGUUUGCCCGAGAGAAGAGCUUAGGCCAGGCCCUUUGUGGUAUGAAAAAGUGGUCACCACUAGGGUCUGGAGACUCCAGACCUUUUCAUGUGAAGGCGAGGCCUCUCUGGCCUUGUGCUGGCAUUCCAGGGCACAGGCAAGCUCAGGGCACGUGGUGUUCCUGACAGGUGUGGAUCUGUGUCAUCUCCCGACGAGGACUGUCACUUCCUUGGGGGAGAGACCAUCCUUGUAGGGGAGGCUUCUCUGCCGUCGUCGGCAUGUGGUUAUCAAACGUUUUCUUCCCUGGCUACCGGGAAGAAAGGUUCUCUGAUGACUCUUCUCUGCUUUUGGAGGUGGCCAAAAGCAUCUACGUUGACCUUCUGAAACAGUAGCCUUGUCUGGAGCCAAGUCGUACUUGGGAAUCAGCUGGGCUUAGAGGAGAAUGCCCAAGACGAACCCAGGGCCCUACGGUGGCUCUCUCCCGCAGAAAUGAAGGCCACAGAGAGGGCGCUUCCCCGGCCAUCGACCGCUCAGGACAGGGAAGCACGCGUCCCUCUGUCUCUGAGAGAGGCAAGUAGGUGACCCGAGCUCUGCGCAAGGUGCUUUGGAGGUGGAAGUGAGGCGCACACAUUCCUGUCUCGAACCUUACAUCCCUGGCCUGCAGGGCUCCUGCCCAACCCGGGAGUCCGAGGGCGGGAGGAGCCUUUGCAGUCAUCUGACUUCCCGCUUUGCAGAGAAGUCCAGUGGGGAGGUGUGGGUGGUGCUGAUUGCUCUCGCCAGCCCAUCAUGGAGAUGCUUCCUCGAGGCUUCCUGCAUGCGUCCUGGCACCCCAGGGAAGUGUCAGAAAUGUCCAGAGACACAAACAUAAAAAUACAUCCCAGACCUGGGUGUCAGGGACUGUCUCGGUCACUCUGGCAUGAGAAAGCAAAGGUCAGGGUCAAGUCUCUGUACAAUUCAAGACUGGCUGGCUGGUUCCUCCUGUUUUAAUGACUCUGAGAUGCAUAAUUGAUAGGUUAUCGCUUACCUUAUGCUGACCCCCAUUGAUUUUAGUUAGUCAGAAGUAUCCAAGCUGUUAUUUCAUGAGCUUGUUUAUUUUAGCGUUGAUUUCUUUACGAGGUAAUCAGGGCUGUGGGCAUGGAUCUUUUGAAACUUGUGAGAAAUACGAGGACCAAGGCUGGCUGACUUGCCUUAGAAGCUUGGAAUGUAGGAAACCAGUGUUUGGUGUUCUUCCUUGCAGCUCAGUGUGUGUAGACGGUGUGACCCAUCACACUGGGGUGAGCGAAUGAGGUGCCCGGGGGCCUCUGGUCACCCAGGCCCACCCAGCUGCUCCCAGAUGUUGAGAUGUCAGCAGACCGAUAGCCCAUUUGAGACUGGCCGUGGGCGAGAAUUCCUGAUAGGAUGUCCCUCUGGGCUUUGCUUCAGGAUAAUCCAAGGAUGGGUGUAGGGAGAAGGGGUGGGGUAUGAAUGAAAGGGUGAGCCACAAGCUGGUAAUCAAUGAAACAGUUGCGGGAUAGGAUAGUUCAUUAAAAUAUUCUUUCUACUGUUGCAUAUUUUGAAAACUUUCAUUUCACAAUAAGAAGUUUUAAAAAUGAAAUAAAGCAUAGCCCAGGCCAGCGAUAGGCCCUGUCAGGUGGAUUUUACCUUUGUUUGCAGAGGUAGGAGUUGUGGGAGGUUUGCGUUUGAGGUUGUUAUAUCAAGUCAUCCCCUCUUAUCUGUGGGGUAUGUUCCAUGACCCCCGUGAAUGCUUGAAACCAAGGAUAGUACCAAACCUUAUGGAUAUUGUGCUUUUUCCUAUACGUACAUACUUAUGAUAAAGUUUCAUUUAUAAAAUUAGGCAAGUAAGAGAUUAGCAAUACUAACAUAAUAAAAUAGACCAGUUACGACAAUAUACUGUAAAUGAAAGUUAUGUGAAUGUGCUCUCUCUCUCUCUCUUUCUCGCUUCCUCUGAAAGUGUCUGAUAACUGAGCAGGCUACAAAGUGACGAACGGUGGGGAGCUAUACAGCGUGAAUACGCUGGGAGAAGGGAUGACUUACCUACCCAGGUGGGAUGGGGUGGGACUUCCUCAUGCUACUCAGAACUGUGCACGAUGUAAAACUUAUGAAUUGGUUAUUUCUGGAAUUUUUCGUUUAAUAUUUUCAGACCACCAUUGACAACGGGUAACUGAAGCUGUGGAAAGUGAAACCAUGGGUAAGGGGUAUGGGGUGCGGCUACAGUGUUUGGACAGGUUCAAGCCUUGGACUAAUGAGAGGGCACAGUCCUCUCGUGGCCGCGUGCAAGUCCCAGCUUGGAGGGCGGAGCCUUCCCAGCACAAUUAGCCAACAGCUGUAGCUGUAAGCUUGAACCUGUGGUCCGAACACCUGGCCCCACGUGCCUGAGUGAUAGAGUUCAGGUGCAUGUAGUUGAGUAGGGUUGAAACCAACGAGAAUGUUGUAAACAUCUUGAUCACGCCCCUACGUUGCCUCGUGGCAUCUGCUGUAAAAUAAAGACACGGCUUGUGGGCGCUGGCGCUCUCAUCAUCAGGGAAGCAGCGUCCCACCGAGACCCAGCUUUCAUUCUCUUGUCUGUCUUUUCUGAGCCUUUCACCCCGCCCCCCCUCAGGGUCACUGAACCAGGCUGAGCUGGCAGGGCACAUAAGGCGCCCUGGGGCUGAGUAUGCCAUGGCCGUGCCGGCUCCCCACAAGGGGAGAUUAUUAUAAUAAAGAAUUUCACUGGCCUUUGUCCCUGGUUUCCAGAGGGGAGAUUCUGAAUCCUUGGCAUUUCCCCAGUAAGAGGAGUGUCUUGGUCAUUCAUGAACCCCUUGGGUCACCCCUAAGUUUAUGCUAGGAGUUGAGAUGACCCAGGAUGGGGCCUGGUCAUCAGAAAGGCCCACCAUGAGGUUAGAAGGUUGGGACUUGGAGCCAGCCUGACCUCCAUGGUGCGAGAGGGCCUGGAGAUGGAUUCAAUCAGUUAUGCCUUUGUAAUGAAACUCCGAAAAAAAUCUCUGGACGUUGAAACUCUGCUGAACACAGGGAUGCGCCCCAGUUCCACGGCCGUGGGGAGGGUGGAGGGUACAGAAGCUCUGCACUUGGGUCCCUCCGAGACGUCACUCUGUGUCUCUUCCUUUGGCUGGUCUUGAUUUGUAUCCUUGAUAAGCAAACUGUCAUCAUAACUGUAGCCCUUUUCUGAGCUCUGUGAGUUCUAGUGAAUCAUCGAACCUGAAGGAGGUUGUGUGCUAUACACUGGAUGCCUGUGUAGCCCCAAGAUCCAAAUGUUGAAACCUCACCGCCAAUGUGAUGGAAAUGGAGGUGAUUAGGUCCCGAGGGUGGAGCCCUCAUGAAUGGGAUUAGUGCCCUUAAUAAAAGACCCCACAGAGUCCCCUUGUCCCUUCUGCCAUGUGAGGACACAAGAAGACACCAGGCACAAAAUCUGCCAGCACUUGCAUCUUGGAUUUCCAGCCUCCAGAACUAUGAGAAAUAAAUGUUUGUUGUUUAAGCCA